CCGUUCGCUCGACGCGCGCGCGGUGGGCGGGAGACGCGCCUCUGAUGCUGCAUCUCGCUUCCCCCCCUCGUAGUCGUUGCUCCGUCUCCGGUGAUACAAGCAGCCAUGGCGACGGUAGUCCAACCGCUCACUCUGGAUCGAGACAUCGCGCGGGCAAUCGAGCUGCUGGAGAAGCUGCAGGAGUCCGGCGACGUUCCGGGCCACAAGCUGCAGUCCCUGAAGAAGGUCCUGCAGAGCGAGUUCUGUACCGCCAUCCGGGAGGUCUACCAGUACAUGCAUGAAACCAUCACAAUCAACGGAUGCCCGGAGUUCCAGGCGCGGGCCACAGCCAAGGUAAGACGGUGGCCGCCAUCUUGAUCAGCCAGUAGAUCCCACCCAAGAGAGGUAGAGACAGAGAGAACGGAGGAGGGCCUGGGCUUCAACGUGAUGGGCGGCAAGGAGCAGAACUCGCUCUACAUCUCCCGCAUCAUCCCAGGGGGCGUGGCCGAGAGGCAGGGCGGGCUCAAGCGCGGCGACCAGCUGCUGUCCGUCAACGGCGUGAGUGUGGAGGGCGAGCAUCACGAGAAGGCGGUGGAGCUGCUGAAGGCGGCGCGCGACAGCGUGAAGCUGGUGGUGCGCUACACGCCCAAGGUGCUGGAGGAGAUGGAGGCGCGCUUCGAGAAGCUCCGCACCGCCCGCCGCCGCCAGCAGCAGCAGCAGAUGCUGCAGCAGCAGCAGCAGCAGCAGCAGACGGGCAACAGCAGCCACGCGCCGUCACAGCAGCAGCAGCAGAACCACGCCUCGUUGUUCCAAAAGAAGAAGUGAAGGAGAAGGCGGCGUCCAUCUUGAAAAAAUAAAAUGGCCGACAACAUGAGACGAGAGGAACGACGUGGUCUAGAUGGUCGUCUGCUCUCCUUGCAACAUACCGACAAUACACUACAGAAACUAAAGUAAUAGACCCACCAUGGAUCCUUUUCACAUUGGGGUCACAGCAGGUAAACACAAGCGUAGCUCGCUAAUCGUUAAUCCUUUUAUUUCUGAAUUCACUGCCUGCCAGAAUUGCUCUCUUCUUGGUGAGAUUAGACCGAUUUCACAGGGUGACAUCGUAGGACUCACACAGGUGUCGCUCAUAGCACUUAUCAUGGGUCUACUCCUUUAUCUACCAGGGCACAGGAAGUAGAAUUACCUUCACUAGUUCAUGGUGCUGUCACAGCUGCGCUGUUGGGUCCAUUAUGAUCAAACCCUUGAGGGUUUUCCCGACGGUUUUCUCGGAGUGGUGUGACCACUCAAUCUGAAUGACUCUGUUGACUUUGGCCCAAAAGUGGAAUUAAUAACCAUAUGCAUCCAGGUGGCCUAACUUUCCAUGGAUUAAAAUGAGUCGCGGUCAGACGUGGUGCAAUCAGGAGGUGAAAGCACUCAUCGAAAUAUGGUGGAUGACGACAUAUGUUUUUUUAAAUUGUAUAAUUAUUUAGUGACCGAAAGGUUGAAAUAUUGAAUUAUUUUUAUUUUUUAAGUUGUUGCAACAAGGAGUGCGCAAUGGGUGGGAAGUGAUCGUAUUCUCUGAGCCCUGCCCUGGGACAUUAAAGGAAAAUAACCAGAGUUAGUGAUACAUGGGACUGAGUUUGUCCUAUGAUGAUAUCAAUGUAAUUAAAACGUUCAAUUCAAUUGUACUUGUAGAGCCCUUAACCACAGGCACAGCCUCAAAGGGCUUCACAGGCCAUACAUUUAUGACACGCCCCUGACCCUAACUCCCCCGGGGCAAGAAAAAACUCUCUUAAUUAUCAAGGAAGAGAUCUGGAGAAGGAUCGCUGAUCAUCCCUCGUUCCAGGGAUGAUCAGGAACGCAAUGAGGGCCAUAAUUGACAUACAUUAACACGUACAGGCAAUUAUUAUUAUUUUUUCCCUUUAUGAUGCCUUUAUUAAAAGAGUAUCAGUAUUCAAGAAGCAUAAUAUCUAUCUAGCUAGAUAGAUGUGUAUCAUAGCUAGCCUGCUGUAUAUCUCAUUCAUUAUCCUCUCAAGUAAUUAUGUGAUGUUCUACAUUUUAAUGUCGGUGAAGGGCGGGUAUUUCUGGCAGGGAGUGACAUUUUGGCACAGCAUCGUCAUAAACAAUAUAUAAUUACUCUGCUGAUGGUUUCGCACCGGAAUCAUUAAAUAGAACAGGUCUAUAAUUAACGAGCUAGACUUUGCUUCUGACUGCUUGAAAAGGGUCCAUGCGUUUGAGCUAAAAACACAAACUGGUGCUUUGACAAAACUAGGUGUGCAUAAGGUGACGAUAGAGUUGAAAGUCAUUUUAAGUUAUGUUUUCCUUUUCUAUAUAUAUUUGACCUUCAGUGAAAAAAGGUGUCCCUCUUUCUUCAGGUUCAACUUCUUGUGUUUGUGGUACUUUCAGUUUUAUUUUCAGUAUGAUUUGCUUUGUUAAUCUUGCUGCUUGCUGACACCUGUUUUUGCUGUGGCCUUGUCUGCCAUUUCCCAUGAAUAUUGUUUCGUACAGUGACACUUCUGAUGUUUUUGCGUUUCAACUGUUUCCCUUCUGUGUCCUCGAAUGAAUACCAAUUCAUUUUAUCUGUGUGUGUGCGUGUGCCCGAGUUUGAGUGCGUGAGUCUGUGUGCACAACAAGCUGUCUGAAAAAUUGUGAUAAAUCCUAUUCUGUACCCAUGUAAUAAUGAUAAUAAUUGUAGCAGAAAUAAUUAUUUUGUAUCGGAAUUAUUUAGAUUUAGCAAUAACACGUAACGUUAAAUUCCACAAUUUCGGUUCAGUAGUGUAGAGGCAUUGGACGAGGUUGACCACUUAAAGGCCUAGUCAACUGGAUCUUAUGCACUGUGUGUCAUGAGACAGCUUUCAAACCUCCUGCCACUCAAACACUGGAUGAUCAAUUCUCAGCCCAGCAGUUUACAUGCACACUCAUUAACCGAUCUCAAUCUGGUGGAGGCAGUCAUUCACAUUAUCGACUGCACCCCUAGAACAGCAUACAUUUGCGACAUCGGGUUUACCUCGAUGAUUGAUUUGAUAUACUUGUACACAUAUAUACAGUACAUAUAUGCAAGGUGUUUAUACACACCUUAACAGUACUUUGGUCAGGAUAUUUAUUCUGGCCAUGCACAGAAAGGCUGGAGAAACAUCUGAUUCAAGAGAUGCAUAACUGGGGGUGUCCUACUUCUGUUGAAUACGUCAGUGGUCAUGUAAUCAACGUGGUCAGUAUGUAAAUACCGUACCCCAGCAAGCUAAGAUGUGCAUGUAAACGUGACUUGGGCCAUUCAUUGAGAUCCUCAUUGCAGUUCUAUUGACCGCACAGUCAACACUAUCACAUUGCUCUCGUUUCCGUUACAAAGUCGGACAUUGAUAUAUGAAUUUACCCAGAAGAUGUUGUCUUUUGAGAGUUGCUAUAAUACAGCCAAAACCAAAUCUUCCAAAAGAUAUUAAGUUAUAUACCCUCAUCUACCAGACAAGUAGAAUGUCAAAUUAUAUUCAUGUCGUCAGAGUGCAAAGUCUAAAGAAUAGUAGCCUAUAAGUUAGUUUAUUUUUCCAAGAACCUAUUUUUUUCGUUUCACUUCUCAAACGUGGACACAAACAUAAAGUUUUAUCAUUAAAUUCAAAUAUGUAUAUUUUGUAUGUCACCUAGAACAUUAUUUAUGAAGUCCUUUCAAAUACUAACACAUGUCUGAUAUCUGAACCAUGUCUUAUGCUAACUGAAUUCCUAGAUUUGCUUUUCUCUUUUCCCGUUGUGACAAUCAUAGUACAUUUAAUGUUGGACUCAUUGGAGUGUCCCAUCUUUCCUCUCGUAACUUAAUUCAUAAAACAUUUGUGUUUACCUCGAUAACUAAUCCUACGUUCAAACGGCCGGGGUGUAUUUAUGAAUACUCUUUAGAAAGUCGCUGGGUUCGAUCCCCAUGUUCACAGACUUCCUGUAGAUUCUAACCUCGACCUGCUUCUUAAUGACGUGUAUCGUUGUGAUAUACGUUGUGAAUUGCUAUGGAUUACAAAACCUCUGCUUGAUGACUUAUAAGAGUUACACACAGCAUUUGUUCAGUGGGUUUCCAGUGAGUAGCAAUCCCCUGGGUUUUCUAAUGUAUUCCAUGCCAACGCAGCCGGUGUUGGGAAGCCCGGUUUUCCAAACACGAUUGUCUUGGAAGGUCAUGGGAGAGUUUGGUGUAAAAAAAAGUGAUUUUAUCGUUUCGUUUUACUUUGAUGUUUUUUUUUCAACAAGUCAAUAACCCAACUUGACAGAAUCCUUUUUGUAUUGUAAAAAAUAUAAAUAUCACAGGAACCUUUCUUAAUUGACAUGCAUUUUUGAAACUGGUAGUCCUUUACUUAACACACAGACAAGAAAAUAAACUACACGUUGAUAUGCAAUUGUUAUACAUACUAUAUUUGUAUAAAUAAAUCUAUGUGCUUGUGGUACAGUGA